AUGUCUCGUCCGCAAUCGACGUCACACCAGAUCUCGCCAUUUGCGGGAAAGCCCUCCCCAGCGGAGAGCCGUUCUCCCGGCACACCUGCAAGAGCCUCCGCUACACCGGGAUUGGAUAAUCUACCGUUAGGGGAAACGCGACAGAAUACCGAAACGGGCAGCAAGAAAAGUAAGCGGAAGAAAAAUCGCAAUCGGAAGCAUCGAAAUCGCAGGCCGUCUUUCCUUGCUCCUGAAGACUCGCAGCCCAACGCUCCACCUACUGUCCCCGAAACUGCGCCCAUGGACACGCUGGCGGAAAAUGAGACUCAAGAUCGAAGUCCGCCUACUUUUUAUAAACUCGGGGCGAAUAUAAGCAAUACAAGUUUGGAAAGUGAAGCUUUGCUAGAUCACCGAAAUCAACCGUUGAUGAGACCGCGGAGAGAUAGUCGAUUGACUCAAUCUUUCCGUCCUGGCUCGAUACCGACUUCUUUUCGAAAUACCGACAUGAACCCUCGCCCGUUCCAGUCUCGCGGGAAGAGCGCAUAUGCAGAGGAUAGCGACCACGAAGAGGUCGACGAUCGAACACCAUUAAUGAGAUCGUCAUCUAGCCGUACAAAGACACCAGGUUACGGAGCAGAUUCUAUACCCAGUCCGUUUACAUUCCGCCAGCGACGCCAAUCGGCUCGGUCCGACUCAUCCCAAUGCUCGCCUCGUGAGGCUCCGAACCAUGACAUUAACAAUCCACCGUCUAUGCCUUCCACUCCCAAGCUGGGUCCGGAUAUGGGCUACAAUGAUGCAGUUAUGACGGGCGCAGAGUUUGACUUUCGCAUUGGCAGACAUAUGGACAAUGAACGCGAUGAAUCUCGGCCGCGUGAUAUGGUGAUCGAUGUGGAAGGCACCGGCCAACGAUCUAGAAGCUCACCUGGCUCCGCUGCAGUAUCACCGCACCGCACACCUCAGGAAGGACUAAUUAGACGUCGGACCGUUCCUGCGGAAGAAGAUGUUUGCUUCCCACAGGAGGACGCCUCUGAGGUAGCUGAGGAAUGCGCGCCAGCGUUGUCACGAGGCGACCUGCGGCGCCGACGACGAGCCAAAGAAUGGCCGGAUCUGUCGGUUUUGGAAGAUUGGGCCCGUGAGGAAAAGGAAGAGCGGACAGGCGUGUUCCGAACAAAAAAGAUCAGUGAGCCUAUGCUGAUUGAGGGCCGUCUUCGCCCCCAGUUCCGAGGUUGGCGGCGUGAGGAGGAUGAGGUACCGUAUCGAUUCACGUACUUCAAUGAGGAGUUCCAGAGCACUAUCCAUGCGCAAACGAUCCCGGAGCUGGUUCAAACAGGAAGCGGCUUCCGUGAACUCUUUAUCCCCGAUCCACCUGAACUUGAGGAUUCCUCCGAUGAGGAAGAAUCAGACUCGGAGCAUCGGACUAACGACCACUUAACGCCAACUUCACGUACUGCGAACCAUAGCCCGGGUAAUCAAACGGCAGCAUCGUCCAACAAUCAUGCUUCGCAUCCCCCAGCCGAGGAGAGAGCGCAAUUUCGUGGGUCGAUUAUCAGUGAAGCGGUGUCGGAGGGACGAGCAUCGGGCGACGUGCCGAAAGAUCAGGCCCAGACUCCUCCGAAACCUAAACGGUACGGGCCUCGACCCACCUUUUGGCUCGAUGUCCUAUGUCCGACUGAUGCAGAAAUGCGGGUGAUAUCCAAAGCAUUCGGCAUACACGCUCUAACAGCGGAGGACAUCAUGAUGCAGGAAGCACGUGAGAAGGUCGAGCUAUUCCGAAACUACUACUUCCUAAACUAUCGCACGUUUGAGCAGGACCCAAACAGCGAAAACUACUUGGAGCCAGUAAAUAUGUACGUUGUCGUCUUCCGCGAAGGAAUCUUGUCGUUCCACUUCUCGCAGACGCCUCACCCGGCAAAUGUACGCCGACGCAUCCGGCAACUGAUGGACUACUUGAUUCUGAGCUCGGAUUGGAUAUCAUAUGCUCUCAUUGAUGAUAUCACCGACGUAUUCGGUCCCCUAAUUCAAUCAAUCGAGGAUGAAGUUGAUGACAUCGAUGAGAUGAUCAUGAAAAUGCAUUCCGCUGAAAGCCCUGCAACUUCGAGCCCGAAAGACGAGCAAGACAAAGAUAUGGUCCCAGGCCCUGGCGAGAUGUUGCGGCGUGUGGGAGUGUGCCGCAAGAAGGUUAUGGGGCUGUAUCGACUAUUGAGUAACAAGGCAGACGUUGUCAAGGGCUUUGCCAAACGAUGCAACGAGCACUGGGAGGUAGCGCCAAAAUCAGAGAUUGGUCUGUAUCUUGGUGACAUCCAAGACCAUAUCAUGACGAUGACCAGCAGCUUGACAUAUUACGAGACGCUUUUGUCACGCGCGCAUAGCAACUACCUAGCGCAAAUCAACAUUCACAUGAAUGAGCGACAAGAGCAGACUGCAGAUGUUUUGGGAAAACUGACCGUCCUUGGAACUAUCGUUCUGCCCCUCAAUAUCAUCUGUGGUAUGUGGGGGAUGAACGUGAAGGUACCAGGACAAGAAGUCGAUAGCUUAACUUGGUUUUAUUCGAUCACCGCUGGCCUGGUUCUGUUCGCCUUCGCCUCAUUCCUGAUUGCGAAACGGGUGUACAAUAUCGUCUAA